UGUGCGGCAUAAAAUACUAUGUAAUCUUUGGCUUCUACAUCAUUACCGAAUGAGUUUCUCUUGCUUCAAUUCAAUUGCAUGUGGCACUGCUGUUGUCGCAAGCGAAUACAGCUCAUCUACCAUCACUACCUAUACAUCAUCAUUGCAACGACCCCAGUUUGGAUUUCCUUCCUCUUAACUACUUCUGAACACAAGAUGGACAUGUAUCUAAUAUGGCCCUGGACCCACUGCUUUUCUAGCUAACUCCUCAAUUCAUCACUCUUUCUUUGUUCUUCAAGAUUCGUACCAUGGUUUUCGAGGACAUUGUGCUCUCUGUCUGUGGAUCUUUAACUGGCUUCCUCAAUUUUUGGAUCAAGAAGUGAGUUGUAAGUAUUCCAUUUUUUCUCUAUAUGCUAUCUGUCAACUCUCAAGUACUAUCUGCCUUCUACCUUUUUCUGUGUUCACUUGGAUUACUUCCAAAAUGCAAGGAAAGAAUAAACCCCAAAUUUUUUAUAUUUUUAAUACUUUUCUGGUGUACAUAUACGGAGAAUAUUUCUGCUGUUGAUGUUUCUGAUUGGUUCCAUAUAAUGGUGUGUUUGGCUGCUGUCAAAAGUCUUGGCCAUCAUCACCGGGUUGUUAUUGGCUGCCUGUUAAACUGACUUUUAGCUUCAAAGUUUAGGUUUGCAUCGUUUUUUUUUGUAGUCAUUAAGGAAAACAAUUGAGUAGGUGAACAAAAAAAAUUAUUAUUAAGGUUAAUUUCCUUGUCAAACAUGAGCUGCUUAUUUUGACCCGAUAGAUAUACUUAGUGUAGUAAAAUGCACACUGUGGAUUCAACAUGUCUUGGACACAAUUGUCUUUGGUUCGGGUUUGCGUAUAUAUUGGAAAUACUCUCGUUUUUUUAAUUCUGUAACUAAUCCUUCGAUGUUACUCCAGUUUGGUUUCUUGUAAAGGUUACCAAUAUCCCGAGUAUAGGUCUUACUUUGCAUCCAGGUUGUGUUGAACUGUUGAUCUUCGUCUCUCAUCAAUCCAGAAAAUGGACAAGAAGCUGGCCCUUUUCUACAUUUUUUCAACAGUGUUGGUUAGUGUUCUGGCUGAACCACUGGAGGAUAAGCAGGCGCUGCUUGAUUUCCUUGACAGCAUGCAUCACUCUCCUCAUGUCAACUGGGAAGAGAACACUUCUGUUUGCCAAAGCUGGAGAGGAGUGACUUGCAACUCUGACGAGUCUCGAGUAACAGCCCUUCGAUUGCCAGGAGCUGGUUUGAGUGGUCCAAUCCCACCCAACACUCUGAGUCGCCUCUCAGCACUUGAGAUUGUGAGUCUCAGAUCAAAUGGUAUAUCAGGCCCUUUCCCUGAUGGUUUCUCUGAGCUGAAAAAUUUGACCAGCCUCUAUCUUCAAUCUAACAAGUUUUCCGGGCCACUACCAUUGGAUUUUUCAGUUUGGAAUAAUCUCAGUGUUGUCAAUUUAUCCAACAAUUAUUUUAAUGGGAGUAUCCCUUUUUCAAUUUCAAAUCUGACUCAUCUCACUUCAUUAGUCCUUGCCAAUAACUCCCUUACGGGUGAGAUUCCUGAUCUCAAUAUUCCUAGCCUGGAGGAGCUGAAUUUAGCCUACAAUAACCUUAGUGGGGUUGUGCCUAAAUCUCUUCUUAGAUUUCCUAGUUCAGCCUUUGCUGGUAACAAUCUUACAUCAGCAACAGCACUUCCUCCGGCCUUUCCUGUGGAACCACCGGCGGUUCCUCCAGGGGAAAAAUCCAAAGGACUCAGUGAACCUGCAUUGUUGGGUAUCAUCAUUGGUGCUUCCGUGCUGGGGUUUGUGGUGAUUGCAGGUUUCUUGAUUGUGUGCUGCUAUCAGAAUGCAGACGUGGAUGUGCAACCAAUGAAAUCCCAGAAUAAACAAACCUCUCUGAAAACAGAAUCUUCCGGAAGUCAAGACAAAAACAAUAAAAUUGUCUUCUUUGAGGGUAGCAAUCUUGCAUUUGAUCUAGAGGACCUGUUGAGAGCAUCUGCUGAGAUUCUUGGCAAAGGUACCUUUGGCAUGACAUAUAAGGCUGCUCUAGAGGAUGCAACCACUGUGGUGGUCAAGAGGUUGAAGGAGGUCACUGUUGGAAAACGAGAUUUUGAACAGCAGAUGGAGGUGGUGGGGAGAAUAAAGCACGACAAUGUGGAUGCAGUGAGGGCAUAUUACUACUCAAAGGAGGAGAAACUCAUAGUAUAUGAUUACUAUCAACAAGGAAGCGUCUCUGCAAUGUUACAUGGCAAAGGAGGGGAAGGUAGAAGUGCUUUAGACUGGGAUAGCCGUUUGAGAAUUGCAAUUGGUGCAGCGAGAGGCAUUGCACGCAUCCACUCACAACAUGGCGGGAAACUCGUUCAUGGAAACAUAAAAGCCUCAAACAUCUUCAUCAACUCCCAAGGAUAUGGAUGCAUAUCUGAUAUUGGCUUGGCAACAUUGAUGAGUCCAAUACCUGUCCCUGCCAUGAGAACAACUGGAUACCGUGCACCAGAAGUAACUGACACGCGUAAAGCAAGCCAUGCAUCUGAUGUCUACAGUUUUGGGGUGCUAGUACUCGAGCUUCUGACUGGGAAAUCGCCCAUAAACAGCACAGAAGGUGAACAGGUUGUCCACUUGGUUAGAUGGGUGAAUUCUGUUGUUAGAGAGGAGUGGACUGCAGAAGUGUUUGAUGUAGAGCUGUUGAGGUAUCCCAACAUAGAAGAAGAAAUGGUUGGGAUGCUACAAAUAGGGAUGGCUUGUGCUGCAAGGAUACCGGAUCAAAGACCGAAGAUGCCUGACGUGGUGAAAAUGGUUGAAGAGAUUCGCCGUGUAAAUACCCCAAAUCUACCAUCUACGGAGUCUCGGUCAGAAGUUUCUACACCCACACCUCGUGCAGUGGACAUACCUUCUACCUCUGUUCAACACUGAUAUUCUUUUGUUCUGCUGAAUAGUCGUUAAGAUGUAAUCAAUUCAAUUAUAUUCUUAACAGUAUAAAUGAUAUCCAUCGAAAGGACUUCUGGUUCUUGGAAGUUUGCAAAACAAAUUUACGCUGAGUAGUUAAGCUACCAGUAACAUCAGACUGGGUCCCUGUGCUAGUAAUAAUUGUGUUGUAUUAUGCAGUCAGGAAUCUUUACAUUCCGUUAUGCUGUCUGUUCGUGAUACCUACUGUGAACUGCACUGCACACAGGACACCAAAUACGUUGUUUAUUAACUAUUCUCAGUUCACUUUGAUUGUCCA